CCAAAAUGAGGUCCAAACUCAAAUUAGCUGUUAGUCUAAACUCUCCCCCCUCCCAACUUCUUUUUCUUGCUCUUCCCUGGCUCCCUGCCGUCCUGGGCCUCCAACAUAUCAUCCCCCUUUUCGAUCAUCGUAGCUCGGAAUUCUCAUGCCAACUUACUUUUGAAACUCCCGGACACAUAAAGUCGCAGUUUUUGCAGGGAUAUAGGAGCCAAAGUCGGCAAUGGAGGACGGCAGGGGCUGAUUAGGGACGGCGAAGCCUUACAGAGCACAAGGAGCAAAUGAACAAUGAAAGUGAAGUGGUGGCGGAGGGGCUGUGGGGGUUGUCAGAUUAUCACGAGAAGAAAGGCGAUAUCGGUAAGGCAAUAAAAUGCUUAGAGGCCAUAUGUCAGAGUGGCAUCUCCUUCUUCCCAAUCGUCGAAAUCAAGACUCGUAUACGCGUGGCCACUCUACUCCUUAAGUAUUCCAACAACAUUAACCACGCUAAAGCUCACCUCGAGCGUGCACACUUGCUUUUGAAGUCCAUUCCAUCAUGCUUUGAGCUAAAGUGCAGAGCCUACAGCUUAUUGAGCCAAUGCUACCAACUUCUGGGGGCUAUUGCUUCCCAAAAACAGAUACUCAAUAAGGGGUUGGAACUUAUUGCAACGUCUGAGGAUGGGUUUUCUGCAAGGUUAUGGCUCUGCAACUUCAGUUCUCAGCUUGCGAAUGCUUUGAUAAGUGAGCAAGACUAUAAUGGAUCAAUUUUUCCUUUAGAACGUGGGCUGUGCUCUGCAGCUGAAAUGUGUUACUCAGAAUUACAGAUGUUUUUUGCGACUUCUAUCUUGCAUGUGCACCUCAUGCAAUGCGAUAAUGCAAGUGUGGUUCAAGAAGAUGUCAAUAGAUGUAAUUUAAUCUGGGAAUCUAUUGAUUCUGAUAAAAGACAGCAAUGUCUCGGUUUGUUAUUUUAUAACGAGCUGUUGCAAGUGUUCUAUCUACUUCGGAUAUGUGACUAUAAGAAUGCUGCACAACAUGUUGAAAAAUUGGAUGAUGCAAUGAAGUCUGACUUACAGCAGAGGCAAUAUAUCAAGGAACUCAACAAAGAAUUAACUGAACUCAAUAGAAGUCUUUGUGAUUCUGAUAUAAACUACACAGACAGAUCUAUAUUAUCUCAGAAACAAGCUCAACUUGAAGAACAGCUCAACAAUUUAACAAGUACGGGUUCAACCUGCAAAGGAUAUUUAGAACCAACACAUUUUGGAAAUGUGAAGCGGGAGUGGGGUGAUAAGCUUGAAUUGGCACCGCCUCCAAUUGAUGGGGAGUGGCUACCAAAAGGUGCUAUUUAUGCAUUGGUGGAUCUCACUGUAGUUGUAUUUAGUCGUCCCAAGGGAAAAUAUAAGGAUAUUCAGAAGAGGAUUCAGUCCGGCCUACUAACCAUCCAAGAGGAACUUGAAAGACUUGGGAUCAAUGAUGGGGUAAAAGAAGUGGAUUUGCUACAGUCUGCAAUUUCAAUGGGCAGUGUUUAUUUAGACAUUCUGAUGCAGUUUUUAGAAAAUAAAAUUGCAGUGGAUCUUACACGAUCUGAGUUUUUUGAAGCACAAGAGGCUUUGGUGCAGAUGCGAAAUUGGUUUAUCCGCUUCCCAACAAUUUUACGGGCAUGUGAGAGUACUAUUGAAAUGCUCAGAGGGCAGUAUGCUCAUUCCAUUGGUUGCUAUGAAGAAGCUAAUUUUCAUUUUCUUGAGGCUUCAAAGCUUACAGAGAACAAUAGUAUGCAAGCUAUGUGCCACAUCUUUGCAGCAAUCUCGUUUAUCUGCAUUGACAACACCAAAUCCUCUUCAAAAGCCCUAGAGCUCCUUGGACCAAUUAUGGGAAGAAUUGAUUCUUUUGUUGGAGUACGAGAGAAAACCAGCCUCUUCUUCGCACAUGGGUUUCUGUUGAUGAGGCAGAAAAGUGCACAAGAAGCAAGAGAUAAACUCGCUGCUGGUUUGCAGAUAGCACAUAAUUCGUUGGGGAACCUUCAACUUGUUUCGCAAUAUUUAAGUGUCUUGGGGAAUUUAGCUCUUUCACUUCAUGAUGCAGGACAAGCUAGGGAGAUCCUGAGGUCUUCAUUGACCCUGGCAAAGAAGUUGUACGAUCUCCCAACUCAAGUUUCUGUACUAUCCAAUUUGACAGAACUGUACCAGCAAUUAGGUGAGCAAGGGAAUGAGAUUGAGAAUCGCGAAUAUGGAACGAAGAAAGUAGAGGAGCUACAAAAACGACUCAGUCAUGCUUGUUCAUCUAGUCACCAUAAGGAACUGAUUGCAAAAGUGAAAACUGAAGUUCCUGACUGGAGCAAUUAUGAUUUGAUGAAAAGAACAACUUCCAACCCCCCGACCAGAGUUGAUUUGGACAUUCCUGAAUCCAUUGGCCUAUCAACCGCCUCUCCUUUGCCCUCAUCAUCAUCAAGAUUAAUGAAUGUUGAUCUUGGCAGGAUCAGAAAGAGAAACAUUUAGCUUCCUUCCUACAUGCAAGUUGAUAGUGUUUUCACUGAUCAUCUCUGAUGAUGAUGAUGAUGAACUGUUCUCACCUCCACCAGGGCCUACUAUAAAAGUAGAUAAUUUGAACAAAGAUGCUUAAUGGAAUCCAUUUGUAUACUUUGUGUACCAUACAAAUAGCCUUUUUUCGUUCAUUUUUCAUUUCUCCUCCAAACCUUUGCCUUGUCUCUCCUCCCCCAUCCGUGCCCCUCCAUUUCUUUUUCCCAGUUUCAUUAUCUCACAGGUAAGCUUCUGUGAUGCCCACUUUUUUCAUUUUCUGAUUUCUUCUUGCAAUUUCCCAAACCUCUUGCGCUCCAAUUGACUUCAGUUUCAUCCUUUGCUCUACUCCACUUCGAAUUUCCCCGUUACCCCGUAAAGCUAUGUGGGUUCGAAUGGUCCCGGGUUUGACUCUUGGCAUGAUACCGAUAAUCGUGACUUCAUCAAACAAGAUAAGAUUUUCUUCUAGCAAUUUGUAGAUGAUUGGUUAGAGGUAUGACAGUCCCACUGAAGAGGAAGAUGACAUGGGGUUGGUUUUUGCAUUAGAAGUAGUGGCGAGCACUGAGGAGCUAGUCAAAGUGGCGUGGAUCGGUGGUGGGCUGGUGGCUCGGGUCGUGUCUGACAAACCUAUUCGGAUGGUGGCUUUAUUGGAAAAUAAUGGCAAUGAUGUGGUGGCUUAUCAAGGGAGUUAGUAUUGAGGAUAUUGAUAAUUCAAGGUUUUUGAUACAAUUUUAUCAUAAAGGCUAUAUUGACCAAGCAAUCAUGGAUAGUGGUGGACUCGGCCCGGGUGGCCCGACCCGGAAUCGGCCCGAGUGGCUCAACCCGGAACCGGCUCGGGAUCGGUACUGUUCCGGCUCAGCCUGAACCGGUGGCCCGGUCAGUGACCGGUCCGGGUAGGCGUGAUCCGAGGGGUUUCCGGUCCGGGCUCGGGUCACCCAAAACAAGGCCCGGCCGGGCUCGGACCUGGUUCGGGCCAAAUUUUUUUUUUUUUUUUCAUUUGUUUGGGCUCGGUUUGGGUUGGGCUUGAUGUUUAGGGGGGGUUUGGGGGGUUUGGGGGGGGGGGUGGGGGUAAGGGAGGGUCAGGGAUAGGUAGGUAAGCAAAAAAAAAAAAAUUAACCAAGUCCGAGGCCCAGCCCAACUCGGUUCGGACCCGGACCGGACCCGGUGGCUACCUGAAUCGGUUCCGGGUCCACCCAUUCAGACGCGCCGGCCCGCCCGGGCCUAGGCCCGACCCGGACCGAAUCCACCCCUAAUCAUGGAGGGAUUGUAGCCGUAUGAACAAAAUUUGGUGUUAAUGAGACGUCUUGCGCGGUUUGAUAGGUUCCUCCAAGUGGAAUUAGAUUUAACUGAAUUUUGGGUUCAAAUACAUAAUCUACCACUGAGACUCAUGACUCAGAAGGUUGCAAGAGGAAUAGGAACUUUGUAAGUUUACUUGUUAGGAUUGAUGAAUGAACUCUCGGAGGAACGUGAGGGUGUACUGUAUGCACAAUG